CAGCCAGUUGCGGCGUUUGGCUUUUUGUCUUUGGAGCUGGAUUUUUAUUUUGAAAAAGCUCAGUUGGCGGCUCGCUCCGUUCCCUGUUUUCCAGCUAUGAAGGUGGCCCCCGCAGCAGCCCCCGCAGUGUCCCCCGGCACUAGCUGCGCCCUCAAGGGCGUGCGCCUCGGGGGCGCGGGCGAGCCGGUGCCGCGGUGCCUGUCGGAGCAGAGCGUCUCCUUGUCCCGGGCGGGCAGUCCACCCCCUCGGGGUUUGCCUUUGUGCCCGGACCAAGCCGCCGCCGCCGCCUCCCUCCUCAUGGACAUGAAAGGCUGCUACUCGCGGCUGGCGGCGCUCGUGCCCACCUUGCCCCGCCACCGAAGGGUCUCCAAGGUGGAAAUCCUGCAACACGUCAUCGACUACAUCUGGGACCUUCAGUUGGAGCUGCAACACCCGCUGGGCGCCGGGCCGCCCCCGCCGCGGGGGACGGACGAACCAGCCGGAGCAGGGCCCGAGGUGAGGCUGCUUGUGUUAACCCUGAUGACCGAAUCUUGUGUCGCUGAGGGUCAGUUUGGGCCUGCAGAAGAUCCUUGGAUGGAAAACUUUCUUGUUGCCCCUCCAAUGGCAGGGGAAGGAAUUCCAGGGUGAAGAUUUGGCAACUGGUCUCCCUCUGCCACCUCCCAGUUCCUCCAGACUGAGGCUGGAUGACAGCUCAUAGAUAUUUUUACUGGAGGUGAAAGACUGUCAUCAGGAGCAUCAGCCCUGCCUCUCUAAUGCUGAAAGGGUGUCACCUGGGUGUCUCUUGGAGAAAGAGGAAUCAGCACCAGCAAACAAGAACUAAACUCGUCAGCGACACCCCUCUUGGGCGUUUCAUGCUUACACAGGGCAGUGCUCGUUUUUUGUUUUAAAAAGCAGAAUGUUUUUAACCUUCUCCAAUACUUCUCAGAUUUCUGAGAAUAAUCCUUGUAUUGUAUAUUACAAUGAUAUAUUUUUCUGAGAAUAUUGUUCUACAAUAGUUUGAGGUUUUUGUUAUUAAACAAAUGCAUAUUGCUAUGAAUGGU